AACCCCAGCAUGGACAGAUCGUGUUCUUUGGAUGGAUAAAAAUAAUUUGGUGCAGUUAAUACAUUAUGGCCGUUCAGAAUUAAAAACUUCAGAUCACCGUCCAGUAUAUGCAAUAUUUCAAUUAAAUUCUUUAAAAUUUGAUUUUGACAAGGCUGGGCCGAUAAUUCGGGAUAUUAUUUGUUCUAUUGGCCCUCCACAUUCUUGUGUUCAAUGCUUUAUUUCUAACAAUUCUCUUAAUGUGUUCCCAAAACAAUUGUGCAAUGAAAUUUUUAUGAAGCUGUGUGAACUUGGCAGUGUUCCUAAACUUUCAAAAUUAGAAGGACAAUAUUUAUUUAUCAUUUUCAAAACUGGAUUGGAUGCUUUAGCAGCAUUAAGUAUGGAUGGAAUAAUUUUAUCAACAGGGCAAGAAUUGAAAGUUGAACUUAAAAAUGAAGGAAGAGGGAAAGGGGGAGGAGGAAUUGAAUGGUCUGAUAAAAUUAUUGAAAAUGUAAUUAAAGCUUUGGAAAAAUCAAAAAAAGAAGAAAAAGAAUAUUUAAUUAGUAAAAAAAUAAAUAAUGAUAAUAAAUUGUUGGAUGGAGAAGAAAUUUUAAUUGAUGAUGAGGAGGUUGAUGAUUUGGCUGGUGAAGUCGAAAACGAUUUCUCUAUAAUUAACAUUUCGGAUGUGCCAAAAUGAUGAAAAACUUGUUUCUGCACGACUUUAAAAAGAUUUUUUUACUUAAAAAACAUUGCUAAAUUUAUUACAAAUUUUUAAAAGUUUGAAGAAUGGACGUGAAAUUUACACAAUUUUAUUUUUCCCCCUAUUAGGGUUGGGGGCCCGAUCCGGCCCGGUUCGUAAGAUCGAGUCGGGCAUUGAAUUUUGGUCCGAAGAAGACUCGGUCGGGCCAGCCCGAUAGAACUGAGGCCAGAAAAAAAAGACUCGAAUAUCGGCUCGGCUUGAAAACCCCAACCCUACCCAUAAUUUUAUUAUUUUAAUCUUUACAAUUUUGCAGCCUUUUCUCGAGGGUAGGGUAUUUGGUGUAGUUGGAAAAGUUUUGGUUUUCAUCGUGAAAGUGUUUGGGGUUCGAAUCCUUUUGAUGGAAAAAUUUUUUAUU